CGGUGUGUCGGUCCACACAGCUUCUUCGGCGGCUAAUCCGCGUGCUGGGCACGAGUCCAUUAUCUAAUCUUGCGGUUUGUUUUGAGUGUGAGUCGCGCUCUUUCGUACGAAAGUCGAUCACGCGGAAUGAAAGCCAAUCGAUCGUGAAUAUUAUUGUGUCAGGUUGGGGAAGAAUUUCUCCGCCAUCGCCGUUUGAUCGCGUUGGUCGUGAGUUUUGUUCGCGCGUGGACACCUGCGGCACCUGUUGGCCUCGGCAGGUGAACGUCGUGAAAAGAGGACCCACGAUAACCGUUAGAAUCGCGUCAUUUUGCUGUGGUUUUGGAAUUCAAGUGUAUUUGUGUGUUUGCUGUGUUUACCCCCAAACCAAAUGUAUCCCACAAUAGACCUGUAAUUAUAAACAGAAAACGGAUCAUUUGAAUAGAGCUGAUUCUAUAGCGUGUGUGUGCUAACCGGUGUUCUACUGCAAUGUGAUAAUGAAGCACGGCCACCACGCGCCGCUGCCGCCGUUCUGGUCAACCGAUCAUCAGCACAAAUCUGCACGCUAGGUGUUGGCCAUCAUCGUCCGAGACAGGUGAAAGAAUGUCCAGUGUGGAAUGGAAUGUUGUCAUAGUUUAGCACCGGUGUCGUGAUUAGCCAAGCAGAAAUUGCAACCGCCGUCGUCGCGGACUCAACCGCAUUCCCAGCUGCACUCCGGUGAACUGUGCGGGGCUGGCUAUAGGAGAUUAAUUGUCCAGCAAACACGUAGAACCGCCAAGAAGAGGCUCGGUGUACAAUUAUUGUAAUCCACCGGAACAAGCCAGCAGAAGUCGUACAAGUUACAAAGUUUGGGGACCACAAACGUGCAAUUAUAGUGUGUAAGGAAUGGCAUGUUCCUGCUGUUCUCGUGGUGACGGCAGUGGUAGUGGGGACAGCGGCAGUGGGACAACACGUGGAGAAAAUGGAUCCCGCUACCCUUACGGCCAGGACGGAGGAAAUGUAACAGAAAAGCACUACGGCUGCUACAAGGUCGGCAUCUUGUUUUCCGUCAUCAUCAUCCUGCUGCUGCUGGUGGGGUGCGUUCCGGUGUUCUUCCUAACCCACAACAACAACCUGAUUCUGCUCAUCCUGCUGGUGACGCUGAUCCUGAUCGGAUUCGUAACGUACGCGUACUUCCGGUGGCAGCAUCGGCGCGCACUGCAGAUGCGACGCAGCUACGAGGCGCAGAAGAUGAACCUGACGCGGGGAGCAAAGGUGGCGCUGGCCACCAAUGGGAAGCGGCCGGAACUGGCGGUGGGCCAUAAGCAGGCCGUCACCUCCACCCCCAUCACCGCUAAACCGAUCGCCAAAGCCGAGCUGGACCUGGCAAAAACGACGACAAAUCAACCGCGCUAUUCGUUCAUUUGAAUUAUGGCAGCCACGUGGCACACAUCCACUCGGGACACAUCCCGGAGGCCGCCACCACCACCACGUGGUGUUUCGAAGUGGUUGACAAUAAAUAACACCACCCAUCCACCCUUCCAAUCACAAUCGACCUCAUCAACUGGCGGGAGGUCAACUGGAACCACCUGGUCAACCACCCGCGAGCCCACAUCAAAUGGCGCUAAUAAAAAGAGAGAGGAGAGCACACGAAUCAAACGCAAAUCAAUUAGCAGUUGGAGGAAAGCCACAAUUCAAUUACUAUUCACAUAAUUAUCCCGAUUUCAGUGUGUAGCAACAGAGAAAAAAAAACAUUCCAACAUUUACGCACAUUCCAACGCAACCAGUUGUAAUUGAGUUUUCACUCGGAUCGAAAUCAAACGCACAAAUUUUUGCGUUUGCCAGCCGCGAAAACCUCAAUCAAUCAAAUCAAUCAGCGGAAGGGUACGGGUCAAUUCGAACGAAGAAUGCAUGUUUGCGACCAUUUGCGAAGGUAUUUGGCGAGAUUAAUGAAAUAAUUAUUGCGUGCAUUUUAUGGUUAUAGAUCAGUAAGGUAUAAAUAUUUAAAUGCAGUUGUUAAUUUUUUUUAUGAGAGUAUGUUUAUAAAUGAAUAAUAGAUGGUUUUAAAGUAAUAUAAA